ACUGCAGCUGCACGUAGAGUUCGAUCCACCGCAGCAGGAGGAAGGUUGUGGCCGAAAAUAGCUUUUUUUUAAUACACCAAUUUUCUCGACUACGUGUGUCAAGUCGCUCUUAACUGUUGUAGAAACUCUCUAUGCACUUACUCCGAUUCAUUGGAACAGCUCAUGCUAAAAUAUCAAUAUGAAAACUGAAGUCUCGACUGCUGCUAACUUUGUCACUCGUCUGUUGAGAGGAACAAGAUUGCUUUCAGAAGAACAGCUGCAACAAUUCAGAUUCUCUUUGGAAGAAGCUUUGGGGGAUCAUUAUCAGCAUCACUGGUUCCCAAAUGCACCUUGCAAAGGUUCUGGUUACAGGUGCAUCCGGAUCAACCACAAGAUGGACCCUUUGAUAGGCAAAGCCGCCUGUACAAUUGGAAUCACAAAGGAACGGCUCUUCAAACUACUGCCAAGUGAGCUCACCAUGUGGGUAGACCCCUACGAAGUGUCCUACCGGAUAGGCGAGGACGGAUCCAUUUGUGUCCUCUAUGAGUCCGCACCUCCGGACAAGAAUCAGACACCAGCAGACAGCUGCAAAGAGGAACUGCGAAUCGGACAGCCGAGUCCGUCCAAACCGUUUGGCAUGAUGACUUGUUCUAGCUGAAGAAUCAGUGAUUCAUUCGCUGCUUGUGGGCACAGUCAAUAAACACAUUGCUCACAUUUGAUUUGCUUUUUUUUUUAUCAGUGGUGACGUUUUCAUUUGAUCAAACUCAUGGGGAAAACAGAUUUAUUUUUUAUUAAAUGUGUGUUUCUAAGCUCCAUGUACAGUCAUGUUGAAUAUGUUUUUAAAAUUUCUAUUAAAAGGUUUUCUAUGAAUU